AUGGGAAAACUCCCACUUUUUGUUUCCAUACAAAAUGUGCAACCAGCCAAUGUCGAAAUUCUCUGUCAAGAUGCGAAUGUACUGAUGAAGCUACAUGCAAAAAUAGAAAAAGCGAAACAAGAACAAGUGCGCGCUUGCUAUCCCUUGAUUUAUCGCUUGAAUUGGAAAGAUGAGAAGUAUCCGGGCCUUGUUUCGGCUAUUCAUCCAAAGGCUGCCAUAUCGUAUGCUCACAAUGAAAACGCCACAUUGAAAGUGGGCGACGUGGUCGACCUCAAAUCGAUCUUCAUUGAAAAUGAUGUUCAAGCUCGGGUGAUGGAAGUAUCGCCAUGGAUUACGGGAGAGAUGGAUUACGUCUACUUGGAAGCCAUUGACGAGGCGACUUUUGUGCAAGAACCACCACAACGACUCAAUUUUGAUGAUUUUCAUGAAGGAUUGGCGUACACUCUGAUUGGACUCUUGGACAACGAGCCGUGCGUAGAAGGAUAUGGAAACAUUUACUCUAGGAAGAAGACCAAAGAAGGCCAUUAUCGAGGAACAAGUCCUGCAAUGAUUGGCGAGUCUGGCGCCCUGGUCGUAUCCAAGAAUGGCGCAAUCAUCGGUAUCAAUGUCGGCGGAUACAACUUCGAUGAUCCAAAGAAUGCCAACAUCGGGUCACAUCGACUCAUCGUGCCAAUUUUCGACUUCGAGGAAAAAUUAAAACGCUUGGACGAGCAAAUCCUCGCUAAGAAUGCCCUAUACUUUCAUUGGACUCUUGGACAACGAACUGUGCAUCGAAUAAUAUGGAAACAUUUACUCUACGAAGAGGACCAAAGAAGGCCAUUAUCGAGGAACAAGUGCUGGGGAAUCUGUCGGGCUCGUUGUGACAAAAAGGAGUUCGAUUAUCGGAAGCAAUUUUUCAAAGCAAAUGCCAACAUCGGGUCACAUCGAGUCAUCGUGCCAAUUUUCGACUUCGAGGAAAACUUUAAACGCUUGGAUGCGAAAAUCCUCACUGAGUCAAACGUGCCCCAAGUUCUGCUAACAAGAAGACGACCAAAGAAGGCCAUUAUCGAGGAACAGGUCCUGCACAUGCUGGGAAAUCUGUCGGACUCGUUG